GUUCUCUUGCCUUUUUUAAUUUCCACUUUGUUUCGUAUUUUCCCGCUCCCCAGUCCCUUUGAAACUGCAAGAGCAGUUACAUUACAUUUACAUACAAAGUAACAGAAAUCACCUUUCAAUCAAUCUCACCAAAAUUCACAACCAUACCAUACCAUGGAAGAAGUGCCUUCUUCUUCUGCUGCUGGUGUUUCUGCUACUCUCCCUCCCUCUGCAACUGCGAGACCCAAGCUCCAGAGGUACGCGCUGCGUUCCGCCGCUAAAUCCAAGGAACACAACCCAGAUGCACCCAAUCGCUCCAUUUCUCCUCAAUCUAAGAGAGGGACAAGUGUAAGUAGAAGUGUUGGUGUCCUUGAUUUCUCUGGCAAGGACAGGUCUUCUAGUGCUAAGCCACCGAGAAGGCUCUCCAUUUCCACCAAAGGAUCUACUACUCCGAGCCUGAAGAUGGUUGGAAGCAUAACCCCGACCUCCGAGACUAGAACAAGGAGGUCUGGUAAUGGCCAAGGGCCUCCAAGCAGAAGCCAAACACCUGUUUCUGAAAUUUUCAGAACUUCAAGUCGGAUGAAGUUCAAUCUCAUAUCUUCAGCUUCAUACUGGUUAAACCAGAUCAAGCUAUCUGAAUCUGCUGCCAAACACUCCAUUUCACUUGGAUUCUUCAAGCUUGCUUUGGAGGCAGGAUGUGAGCCUUUCCUGAAACUCCAAGAUGAGCUCAAAUCUUAUGUGAGCCGACAUCAGCUUGCUGAACUUGGAGAACCAGUGAAAGAACUCCUUGAAAGCUACAACAUUGCAGAAAAUAUAGUGUUGACACAAGUUUCUGAGAGCAUUUCACAGGUUCCAGAAGAGGGAACGCAAUCCUCUGAUGAUGAAGUGCACUGCUGCUCUUCUUCUACCAUGGCUGAUGAAAAACUGAAACCCAAGUGCUUAGACACUGACUCUACUCAACUUAGUCCAGAAGCGAUUGAGUCAACCAAGAAGGAGGCUUGCCAAAAGAGUAAUCCUAGUUCCAGGUUGAGAGGAAGUCUCAGAAUGAACUCUGCAAAUUCAAGACUUGCUUCUGAUCGCGUGAAUCGCAGGGCCACUAAAAAGUUAGAGAAGACUAAUAAGCAAGAAACUAAUAAGGAGAAGGGCGAGGUCAAGAAAAAGGGAAAGAACUCUGAAAUUGAAGAAGUUCUGUUCAGUCCUACAAGUGCUGAAGAUAAUGUGCAGCGAAACAAAUAAAAUAUGGCCUUUGAGACUAGUGAUGAAGUUGGUUUGACAGAAGUCAUAUAAACAAAGCUUUUGAGCUUGCAGUUCUGAGUUUUCGUCAUCAUCAAACUUUGUCUACAAUAUUGUGUGCGUGGAGUUUGCUUCCCAAUAGGAGUACAUAUGAAAAUUGUUCUCAGUUUGCUGUCAAAGGCUGCUUUCUUGUCUUUUAAGUUUUAAUCACUUAGCAUGUUGUGUGCUUGUGUCCUAAUUUUUAGUUGUUAAUCAAGCUCUGUAUUGAAUAUAUUAUGGUUUGUCAAUAGUUGUUAUAAUAUUUGUGGAGACAAUAGUUUCUAACAUA